UCUGUUUCCUUUAACUUUCUGCUCCCAACAACUUUGUUUAGUUGUUCUUCAAAAUCCCUUUCUCACUCGCUAUAUAUAUAAUACACACACACAUACACACAUUUAUAUCGGAGUACAUGGGAAAGGCAAUGCUUUAAUUUUGUUGACUUGUCGUCAACCUCGUCUUUCUUUCUAUCUAUCCAUCUACACACUUCAUUAUUCACUUAUUCGUACGGAAUUUCUUUUUGACGACCUUUGGGGAAUCGUUGGAGCUUUGGAAUCAAAAAAAGGAAAAUUAAUUGGUAUAUAGCUUUCUUUCAAAAUGGGCAUGCAAUUGUAGCAGAACAGCGUUGUUGCUUUUCUUUUCUUCCUCAAUCUGAUUACUUUACUUCCCUGACUUAAUAGUUUUGGGAAGGAGAGAUCAUGAGCUUGAUAGAUUAUGUUUUCUCUUGGUCUAUUGCUGAUGUGCUGAACAAAGAUCUUUACAAGACAAAGGUAAAGGAAAUCCCGAAGACUUUUGCUUCGAUAGGUGAUUACAUGGAUUCAUUCAUCUAUCCUCUUAUUGAGGAAACACAUGCCGAUUUGUUCUCGAGCAUGACAACAGUGUCUCAUGCACUUACCUGUAAAAUUUUGGCCGUUGAAAUAUCUAAAGGUUAUAAGCCUCCCAAAGACUUGUAUUACAAUAUAGUUUUGAGGAGAACGAGGGAGAUUGAGAAUGAUAAAGGAAUGUAUGAGCCUCAGGUGGGAGAUCUCAUUGCCUUGACAGAAGUGAGUCCGAAAUGCAUUGAUGAUUUGAACAGGCCUAAACGUCCCUAUCUUGUUGCUUUAAUUCUAGAAAAAAAGUCGGGGGAUGAUUAUUCUGUGAAAUUUUCAAUCCUCUCAUCGAAUGACAUCAUUUUCAAUCAAGAAACAAAAAAGGAUAAGAAGAAAGAAACUCUUUUUGCUGUUUAUCUUACAAACAUGACGACAAACAUUCGUAUAUGGAAGGCACUCAACUACCAGCUGGAAGGAGGAAACAUGAACAUCAUAAGGGAAGUGCUGCAAAUCAAUUCCACAGUUGGGACAAACUGUGCUCAGUGCCAAUCUGAAGAAAGUACGAGUGCUGUUAUAUCAAAGGCAAGGGGUGCUGUUUCCUCUUUUAAGCUGGAUGAUUCUCAAAAGGCUGCUAUAGUGAGUUGCAUUGCUACAAGAGAAUGCCAUCACCAGAAUUCUGUCAAACUAAUUUGGGGUCCUCCAGGGACUGGGAAAACGAAGACGGUUGCUUCGUUGUUAUCUGCUCUGUUAAAGAUGAAAUGUAGAACUCUGACAUGUGCCCCAACUAAUGUUGCAGUGCUAGGAGUAACUAAACGGCUUAUGAAUUUGGUAAGGGAAGCACCUAAGUAUGAUACUUAUGGGUUGGGAGAUAUUGUAUUAUUUGGCAAUGGGGAGCGAAUGAAGAUUGAUGAUCAUGAUGACCUUUUCGAUGUAUUUCUUGAUCACCGCGUUUCAUUUCUUGCAAGUUGUUUUGCUCCAUUGACCGGAUGGGAAAAUAGUAUAGAAUCGAUGAUAUGUCUGCUGGAAAAUCCUGAAGAGCAGUACAGCUUGUAUUUGAAAACAGAAAAAGAGGAAGAUGACAAGGAUAAUGACAAUGAAAAAGAAGAGGAGGGGCAGGAGGGAUUGUUUGGUAAUGAGAAGUUAAAUAGCAGUCCAGAGAAAGAGAGCGAGAUCAAUGAUCAAGACUCCAAAGACAUGGUGAAGAAGAGAGUUUUGAAGAAGGUUUUAGCUCAAAUCUUGAAGGAAAACAGUAACAAGAAAAAGAAGGGCAAGGCACCUUCUCAGAGAAAUAAUCAUUUGAGUUGUGAUGAAAAAAAUAAUAAUGUUGAUCUCUCUUUGAAGAAGAAAGAAAAAAGCGAGGCAAGUGAUAAGCCUGUUCAUAUUUUGACAUUUGAGGAGUUUAUCAAGAAGAGAUUCAUUUACAUCGGAGAAAAGCUGACAUUUUGCAUUACAACUUUGUAUACUCAUAUGCCAACUUCUUUUAUUUCGUUGGCAGUAGUAAAGAACAUGAUUAAAGUUCUUGGGUUGCUUGAAUCUAUCAGAAAAUUAUUGGUUAGUGUUGCUUUUGCAAGUGAAGGAUUAAGAGAAGUCUUCAAUGGAACUGGAGGUGUAGGAUACAGGGUUAAACACCUUAUGAAGUUGAGAUCAGAUCAGACGGAGUGUCUUCGAAUGCUCAAACAUCUUUCUAAAAGAGUCCGUGUUCCGGGAAUUUCUGGUUAUUAUGGAAUUAAAAAAUUUUGUUUGAAAAAUGCAUGCCUGAUAUUCUGCACUGUUUCAAGCUCAGAGAAAUUGCAUACUGAAGGAAUGAAGCCGUUUGAAUUGUUGGUUAUUGAUGAAGCUGCUCAGCUUAAAGAAUGCGAAUCAGCUAUUCCUUUGCAGCUCCUUGGGCUCCGUCAUGCUAUAUUUAUUGGCGAUGAGCGCCAACUUCCUGCAAUGGUUCAAAGCAAGAUUUGCGAGGAGGCUGAAUUUGGAAGAAGCUUAUUCGAGAGGCUAGUAUCGCUAGGACACACAAGGCACCUUCUUAAUGUCCAAUAUAGGAUGCAUCCAUCAAUAAGCUUAUUUCCAAACAUGGAGUUCUAUGAUAAAAGAAUUUUUGAUGCUCCAAAUGUAAAAAAUAGAACUUAUAAAAGGCAUUUCCUCCAAGGAAAGAUGUAUGGCUCCUACUCUUUUAUUAAUGUAAUUGAUGGAAAAGAGGAAUUUGGUGGUGGACAUAGCAGCAAAAAUAUGGUGGAGGUUGCUGUGGUAGCUGAGAUAGUUGCAAGCCUCUAUAAAGAAUAUGUUGCUAGAAAACAGAAGGUCAGUAUUGGCUGUAUAUCGCCAUACAAGGCUCAGGUUUUCGCAAUUCAAGAGAAACUCGGAAAUACAUACAGUGCAGAUGCCGAAAGUGACUUCUCUGUGAAAGUUCGCUCUGUUGAUGGGUUUCAGGGAAGUGAGGAGGAUGUGAUAAUUAUCUCUACAGUCAGAUCCAAUGCGCGUGGAUCAGUGGGUUUCCUCUCCAAUCGUCAGAGAGCUAAUGUGGCUCUGACACGAGCGAGGUAUUGCCUCUGGAUAUUGGGGAAUGGAGCAACCUUAAUUAACAGCGACUCUGUUUGGAGUAAAUUAGUCGACAAUGCCAAGAACCGGGGUUGUUUUUUUAAUGCUAAUGAAGAGAAAAAUUUGGCUCAAGCUAUUACCACUUCCUUAAUUGAGCUUAACCAACUAGAUACUUUACUCAAGAUGAAUUCCCUACUGUUCAGAGAGGCGAGGUGGAAGGUUUGCUUUAGUAAUGAUUUCUUGAGGACCAUGGCCGGAAUUAAGAACCCAAAUACGCGUAAGGAAGUGCUUUCUCUUUUGACAAAGCUUUCAAGUGGUUGGCGUCUGCCUCAAGGGAAUAGAAUUCUCAAGGAUAUGAAUGGGAUUUCUUCUCAACUGUUAGAGCAGUACAAUGUCAAUGGGCAGCUAAAUCUCAUUUGGACUGUAUGCAUUCUCAGGGAAAAUUCGAAGUACAUCCAGAUUAUUAAGGUUUUGAAUGUUUUGCCGUUGUCUAAGAUACCAGAACUAGCAAAUCGUCUUGACAUCUCGUUUGGGAAACUUACAGUGGAUACGAUGCAUCGUUGCAAAUGCAAAUGUGUCGAAGGGAAUUUAGUGGUUCCAAUGGAAUGGCCAGCAGAUUCCACUGCUAAUCGGAAGACUAAAGGUGCCAAGACUGAUUCUUCUGAGCUUUUACAAAGUCAAUUUGCUUCACUUAGUCUUAGUGAUGCAGCGGGAUCGUCAGCUAUGAGUUCCGGAAGUCAUACCAAGUCCAACAAGAAGAGUGGAGUAAAAAAUGUGGCCAAGACGAACAAAAGGAGAGUGAGGUUACAUAAAUGAGGUGCAAGCUGAUGAAUUGCAUACUGAUGAAUAUUUGGACACUUUACGGCAUGUCAUACUGUUUUGAGCUCAAGUGCUCUCCAUUGGUUAAAAAGAUUUGAAACCGUUCAUUCUCAUAUAUACUAAAAAUGUGGUAUUCAAAGUUAUACAUAUAUAUAUAUAUAUAAAAUAGACUGUGUGUCCUUUUUGUGAAUUUGUGUAAUGAGAUUGUGCAUACAGUGGAAAA